UCAAUCUCCAUCUUUUUUUUUUCACAACAUUUUCCCAACAAAUAAAAUUCCUUCUAGUCAAGAAACGUAAGAUUCAUUCAUAUCAGAAACCAAUACUGCACAGAAUUAUAAAUCUUUAGUAAGAGAAAAAUGGACAUAAGAGAAAUGAACAUCAAUGAAAUGACGAAUGCCCUAUGCACGGGCGGCCUCAUGACCUACAGACUCGCCACCAUUGCCGUCUACAUGCUCGGAUUUUUCUUAGUUGUCUUCUUAUGCAACAUCGCGCACUAUUUGUUGCGCCGUCUUUCUCAACCCCGGAUCGUCUCUGAAUCCAUUGUAUGCAUCUCUCUCUCUCUCGAUCAUGAUUUGUAUCUAGCUAUUGCUGUUGCUUGCUUUUAUGAAUGAUAGAUGAAUGACAUUAUCUGAUGAGAAUCAAAACUUUAUACGAUGCAAUGCAAUGUUACUCAUCAUUUGAUAGUUAUGGUUGUGAUGAUUGGGAAUGAUGGUUGCAGGUAGGUCUGGUACUUAGCAAUCUACCGUUCAUACGCAAGCAUGCGACCGGGGUACAAAGUACCUUACAUUACAUAGUAGACGGUGCAAUGGUUGUCCACAUGUUUGUGGUAGGCCUAGAAGUUGAUCCCAAUAUAUUUCUUGAGAUUCAUCUCCCAGAAGCAAAAGUGGCUUAUACUGGAGUUCUCACCACUUUUGUGUUGGCUGCUUUGCUCACCCCUUUCCUUGAUGUUCCUGAGGGAAACGUAAACAGCGUUCCAUUGAAUCUAUGCCUCUCUGUUGUUGUUUCUAGCACAGCCAGUCCAUUACUGACUAGGCUAAUAACUGAUCUUAAGAUUGGCAAGUCUGAUAUAGGCAGAUUUGUUGUGACAGCCGGGAUUCACACUGACCUUGUUUCCACCCUCCUAAUCUGCGUCGGCUGUGUUAUCUUCGAUCCUAUUCAGACAUUCAAGUAUCGAACAGUGAAAGCUAUUCUUCUCAUGGUUUCUCUUCUCGUCAUUGAAACUGUUUUAGCAGCAAAGUUGACUCCCCUGAUCUUUAACUGGGUGAACCGUGAGAAUCCUGAGGGGAAGCCAAUGAAGGGCUCACAUUUGAUCCUGGCAGUGGCUUUUGUGGUCACCGUAUGUUGUUUUCCGCCAAUUUGGGCAGGUUAUGAUAAAGUUUUGAGUGCGUUUUUGGCGGGGGUUUUUAUGCCGAGAGAUGGGAGGAUAGCGAAGAUGAUGAUCAGCAAGGUGAACUAUUUCUUUGGUGCUAUUCUUUGCCCACUUUUCUUCUUUUGGGUGGGAACAGAGGCUCAGCUGAGCAAGUUUGAGGCCGGCAAUUGGGUAUCAUGGGGAAAGUUGUUUUUCACUUUCUUCAUUGCAACUGGUGGGAAAGUGCUUGGCUCAUGGCUUUCAGGGCUGAUGCUGGGAUUUCACUGGUAUGAUUCUAUUGCCACUGGAUUGCUGUUGAGCAUCAAGGGUCAUUUCCAUGUCUACUUGGCUAUAAUGGCCUCCACUAUGAGUCUGACAAGUAUCUCCACAAGCGUUUCCAUGGUAUUUGCGACCUUCCUGACCAUCAUCUACACCCCACUGGUCGUGGCAAACAUCAUUCAACGUGCAAGAAAACGCUCCCCAACUCAAAGAAUGGCGCUCCAAUGGCUCAAUCCCUCAAAUGAGCUUCGUGUUCUGCUCUGCGUCCACGGCCCACAAAACAUCUCGUCUGCCACUAACUUCAUGGCAAUUUCUAGAGGACCAGUUGAGCCAGGGAUCUUGGUUUAUCUCACGGACAUGGUAGAACUAACAGAUGUAGUAGCAGCCACAUUGAGACACAAUGAUGGCGUGGAUACUGUGAGUGUGACUGAUCCUACUGUAAUGCAAAUGAGGGAGCAGGUAACUAAUGGAGUGAGCGCUUACCUGAGCCAGGAUGGACAUGGAAUCGUUCUUAAGCGAAUGCUUGCACUUUCUACGCUGAGUAGCAUGCACCAGGACGUGUGCAUAUUAGCAGAGGACUUAAUGGUUUCUCUCAUAAUAUUGCCAUUUCACAAGCAACAAGAAGAAGGCGGAAGGCUCAAUAUGGGCCAUUCCGGCUUCCGACAUGUCAACCGAAAGAUUCUUCGUCACGCCCCAUGCUCAAUUGGAAUUUUAGUGGAUCGUGGUCUCGGUGCAACAAUAAUAUCAAGAUCAUCUGUAUCCCUCCAUGCAGCAGUGAUCUUCAUAGGUGGUAAAGAUGACCGUGAGGCGCUGGCAUAUGCGGGCCGGGUGGCAUGUCACCCGGGGGUGAAGCUGACAGUCAUAAGGUUCCUUCUAGAAGCCACUGGGGAUAGUGUGUCAUCGCUAAUCACCAUAGCGAAAUCCAACACCUCGGAAAAUCAAGAGGAAAUGAGGGUUGAUGAUGAGUGCUUUGCUGACUUCUAUGACAGGCAUGUGGCUGGAGGGCAGGUGUCUUACAUGGAGAAGUACCUCGAAAAUUCAGGGCAGACUUUCUCCACUUUGAGGUCCAUUGAAGGGCAAUAUGGUCUCUUCAUCGUGGGACGAGGCGGGAGGGUGAAUUCUAUCUUGACAGUGGGCAUGAGCGACUGGGAGGAGUGCCCGGAGCUAGGCCCCAUUGGAGAUAUUCUUUCUGCUUCGGACUAUUCAGUGACUGCUUCUGUUCUGAUCAUACAACAACACAGUCUGAAGGGUGACAUAGAUGGCCUCCAAGAGGAAUUUUCAAUCAUGUAACGUAAGGAAGAUAAAAAUUGUGGGGAAGAAACACAGGAUUUUUAGUAGAGGCAAAGGAAAUUGUGUACAGAAUUGUGAGCAAAAGACUUGGGAUACUGUAACUUGAAACCCCAACGAGUUGUUUUGGCUCAUACUUCACUUCUUAGUUAAGCUGCCUGUAGCAAUACACAUUUCUUCAGGAUUUAGAUCAUUCAUCAAGAUACCCUUUUGAAGUCGUGCUCCUUUAUCAUUCUCUGCUCCAAAAAUAUGUCAAUACCGGUUUUGUGCUUCGAAACAGUCAGAUCGAUGCUAGUUAACAAAGAGGAGAUCCAGUUUUCCUCGCAAAAACAUUUGGAUUCAGAUCCAGAUACAUACAUACUACAACAAGACUUAAAGCCAGUGUCAAAAAUUAUUUCAUC